GGUGGCUGGGUUGGCGUGCGCGGCCGGACCGAGUCCGCUGCCGUCCCUGUCCCCCGAGUCGGCGGCUCCGGCGUGACAGUGGCGGCGACAUGUACGCGGUGUACAAGCAGGCGCACCCGCCCACCGGGCUGGAGUUUACCAUGUACUGCAACUUCUUCAACAACAGUGAGCGCAACCUCGUGGUGGCCGGCACCUCGCAGCUCUAUGUGUACCGCCUGAACCGCGACGCCGAGGCUCUGACCAAGAAUGAUGGGAGCACAGAGGGGAAGGCCCACCGAGAAAAACUAGAGCUGGUAGCCUCCUUCUCUUUUUUUGGCAAUGUCAUGUCCAUGGCCAGUGUGCAGCUUGCAGGCGCCAAACGUGAUGCCUUGCUUCUCAGUUUCAAAGACGCUAAGCUGUCUGUGGUGGAGUAUGACCCAGGCACUCAUGACCUGAAGACCCUGUCUCUACACUACUUUGAGGAGCCUGAACUUCGGGAUGGGUUUGUGCAGAACGUGCAUACGCCUCGUGUGCGGGUGGACCCUGACGGGCGCUGUGCAGCAAUGCUCAUCUACGGCACGAGGCUGGUAGUUCUGCCUUUCCGCAGAGAGAGCCUGGCUGAGGAACAUGAGGGGCUCAUGGGCGAAGGGCAGAGGUCCAGCUUCUUGCCCAGCUACAUCAUUGAUGUCCGGGCUCUGGAUGAGAAACUACUCAACAUCAUUGACCUGCAGUUCCUGCACGGCUACUAUGAGCCCACCCUGCUUAUCCUGUUUGAGCCCAACCAGACCUGGCCAGGGCGGGUGGCUGUGAGGCAGGACACGUGCUCCAUUGUGGCUAUCUCGCUGAACAUCACACAGAAAGUCCAUCCAGUCAUCUGGUCCCUCACCAGCUUGCCUUUUGACUGUACCCAGGCCCUGGCUGUGCCCAAGCCCAUAGGUGGGGUAGUGAUCUUCGCUGUCAACUCACUGUUGUACCUGAACCAGAGUGUUCCCCCAUAUGGUGUGGCUCUCAAUAGUCUCACCACGGGCACCACCGCUUUUCCAUUGCGUACCCAAGAGGGUGUACGGAUCACACUAGACUGCGCACAGGCGGCCUUCAUCUCUUAUGACAAGAUGGUCAUCUCCCUCAAGGGUGGUGAGAUUUAUGUGCUGACCCUCAUCACUGACGGCAUGCGAAGCGUCCGAGCGUUUCACUUUGACAAGGCAGCUGCUAGUGUCCUUACCACCAGUAUGGUCACAAUGGAGCCUGGAUACCUGUUCCUAGGCUCUCGCCUGGGCAAUUCCCUCCUCCUCAAGUACACGGAGAAGCUGCAGGAGCCCCCAGCCAGCUCUGUCCGUGAGGCUGCUGACAAGGAAGAGCCACCCUCAAAGAAGAAGCGAGUGGAACCUGCAGUGGGCUGGACAGGAGGCAAGACGGUGCCACAGGACGAGGUGGAUGAAAUUGAAGUUUAUGGCAGUGAGGCCCAGUCAGGCACACAGCUGGCUACUUACUCUUUUGAGGUAUGUGACAGCAUGCUCAACAUUGGACCCUGUGCCAACGCUGCUGUGGGCGAGCCUGCCUUCCUCUCUGAAGAGUUCCAGAAUAGCCCUGAGCCAGAUCUGGAGAUUGUGGUUUGUUCCGGCUACGGGAAGAAUGGGGCCCUGUCGGUGUUGCAGAAGAGUAUCCGGCCCCAGGUGGUGACAACCUUUGAACUUCCUGGCUGCUAUGAUAUGUGGACAGUCAUUGCUCCUGUGCGGAAAGAGGAGGAAGAAACCCCCAAAGCAGAGAGCACAGAGCAGGAGCCCAGUGCCCCGAAAGCAGAGGAGGAUGGGCGAAGACAUGGCUUCCUUAUUCUUAGUCGGGAAGACUCAACCAUGAUCCUACAGACUGGCCAGGAGAUCAUGGAGCUGGACACCAGUGGUUUUGCCACACAGGGUCCUACUGUCUUUGCUGGAAACAUUGGGGACAAUCGUUACAUUGUUCAAGUCUCGCCACUGGGCAUUCGGCUGUUGGAAGGCGUGAAUCAAUUGCACUUCAUCCCUGUGGACCUGGGCGCCCCCAUCGUGCAGUGUGCCGUGGCUGAUCCCUAUGUGGUUAUCAUGAGUGCUGAGGGACAUGUUACCAUGUUCCUACUCAAGAGCGAUUCCUAUGGUGGCCGUCAUCACCGCCUGGCACUACACAAGCCUCCACUGCAUCAUCAGUCUAAGGUGAUUGCUCUCUGCCUGUACCGCGAUGUCAGUGGCAUGUUCACCACUGAGAGCCGCCUGGGUGGGGCCCGUGAUGAACUGGGUGGCCGAAGUGGCUCCGAGGCAGAAGGCCUGGGCUCAGAAACGAGCCCCACAGUGGACGAUGAGGAAGAGAUGCUCUAUGGGGACUCCAGCUCCCUCUUCAGUCCCAGCAAAGAGGAGGCCCGUAGGAGCAGCCAGCCACCGGCUGAUCGUGACCCUGCGCCCUUCAAGGCGGACCCCACUCACUGGUGCCUGCUGGUGCGGGAGAAUGGCACCAUGGAGAUCUACCAGCUCCCAGACUGGCGGCUGGUGUUCCUAGUUAAGAACUUUCCCGUGGGGCAGCGGGUUCUGGUGGACAGUUCAUUUGGACAGCCCACUACACAAGGUGAAGUCCGAAAGGAAGAAGCCACACGCCAGGGGGAGCUGCCUUUGGUUAAGGAGGUGUUGUUGGUUGCUCUGGGAAGCCGGCAGAGCAGGCCCUACCUGCUGGUACAUGUGGACCAGGAGUUGCUUAUCUAUGAAGCCUUUCCCCAUGAUUCUCAGCUUGGCCAGGGAAAUCUUAAAGUCCGCUUCAAGAAGGUCCCUCACAAUAUCAACUUCCGUGAAAAGAAGCCAAAGCCAUCCAAGAAGAAGGCAGAAGGUUGCAGCACUGAGGAGGGAUCUGGAGUCCGGGGCCGCGUGGCACGUUUCCGCUACUUUGAGGAUAUUUAUGGCUAUUCGGGGGUUUUCAUCUGUGGACCCUCACCUCACUGGCUCCUGGUGACUGGCCGCGGAGCUCUGCGUCUGCACCCCAUGGGCAUUGAUGGCCCCAUUGACUCCUUUGCUCCAUUCCACAAUGUGAACUGCCCCCGUGGUUUCCUGUACUUCAACAGACAGGGGGAGCUGAGGAUCAGCGUCCUGCCUGCCUACCUGUCCUACGAUGCCCCAUGGCCUGUCAGGAAGAUCCCACUCCGAUGCACAGCCCACUAUGUGGCCUACCAUGUGGAAUCCAAGGUCUAUGCUGUGGCCACCAGCACCAACACACCUUGCACUAGGAUUCCACGCAUGACUGGCGAGGAAAAAGAAUUCGAGGCCAUUGAGAGAGACGACAGAUACAUCCACCCCCAGCAAGAAGCCUUCUCCAUCCAGCUCAUCUCCCCGGUCAGCUGGGAGGCCAUUCCCAAUGCCAGGAUCGAGCUAGAGGAAUGGGAGCAUGUCACGUGCAUGAAGACAGUGUCACUGCGCAGUGAGGAGACCGUGUCAGGCCUAAAGGGCUAUGUGGCUGCUGGGACCUGCCUCAUGCAGGGGGAGGAGGUCACGUGCCGUGGGCGGAUCCUGAUCAUGGAUGUGAUUGAAGUGGUGCCUGAGCCUGGGCAGCCUCUGACCAAAAACAAGUUCAAGGUCCUGUAUGAGAAGGAGCAGAAAGGGCCCGUGACUGCACUGUGCCACUGUAAUGGCCACCUGGUGUCGGCCAUUGGCCAAAAAAUCUUCCUGUGGAGCCUGCGGGCUAGCGAGCUGACCGGCAUGGCCUUCAUCGACACCCAGCUGUACAUCCACCAGAUGAUCAGUGUCAAGAACUUCAUCCUGGCAGCAGACGUCAUGAAGAGCAUCUCACUGCUGCGUUACCAAGAGGAGAGCAAGACGCUGAGCCUGGUGUCCCGGGAUGCCAAGCCUUUGGAGGUAUACAGUGUGGACUUCAUGGUGGACAAUGCCCAACUGGGCUUCUUGGUGUCUGACCGAGACCGCAAUCUUAUGGUGUAUAUGUAUCUGCCAGAAGCCAAAGAGAGUUUUGGGGGCAUGCGACUGCUACGCAGAGCAGAUUUCCAUGUGGGUGCCCACGUGAAUACGUUCUGGAGGACCCCGUGCCGAGGUGCUGCCGAGGGCCCCAGCAAGAAGUCAGUCGUGUGGGAAAACAAGCAUAUCACGUGGUUUGGUGAGUGCCGGGGCAGGAGUGUUCAGGGAUGGGAGGGUCAGCCUGGCUCACACAGCAUCUCCUCAGCAACCCUUGACGGUGGCAUUGGGCUCCUGCUGCCCAUGCAAGAAAAGACAUACCGACGCUUGCUGAUGCUGCAGAAUGCACUGACGACCAUGCUACCCCACCACGCUGGCCUCAACCCCCGCGCCUUCCGAAUGUUGCACGUAGACCGGCGCAUCCUGCAGAAUGCUGUGCGCAACGUCCUUGAUGGGGAACUGCUAAACCGCUACCUAUACCUCAGCACCAUGGAGCGCAGUGAGCUGGCCAAGAAGAUAGGUACCACACCCGACAUUAUCCUGGAUGACUUGCUGGAGACAGAUCGGGUCACGGCUCACUUCUAACUCUAGGAUGCUGCCCUGGUGUUGUACUUCCCUCUACCCGUUUUGUAUAAAACACAAAGAAAACGAUUUCUUUCA